CACUUAACAGGAGCUUUAUUGAUCACAAGUGUUUGUCGCUGUCAUUUUGAUGUUGCCGAAAUGAUGUGUUACUAUGACCGUGUUAUAAAGCAGAUAAACUGAAAGAUAUGAAACGAGACCAGGAAAUGUAUCCAGGAGGCACAAAGAAGUUUCUGUAUGCUGGAUCAUCAUCAAGAAAGUCAGCCAAGUCAGAAGAUGAUAAGUGGUCAUUCACGGGGAAAAAUACAGGGUCCUCAGGCAAAGAGUCCAGAUUUGACCUGGAAAAUGUAUGGAGCAUCAAGAAUGUUGCACUGAAAAAGUCCCAAGACAAAGGUGACCAGCUAAACCUGAAUGUCAACACUAACUUCUACUCCAGGCAUGGUGUACUGAAAGACAGGACAGACAGCGGGCCAUCAGCAGAAUCUUCCUACCCCUCCUUUGCCUCAUCAGGUGGAGAACACUCUUGGACAACCAGUAGGCGAGGCUUCAGUUAUUCCACUAACCAGACUCCGCCCACCAUUGGUCAAGGAAAUGGAGACAGAAACUCCGCCUCCUCCUUCCAGGGCCCAGAAGAUGGCCCAGGAUUGAGCGAUGAUAGACAGCCUAUCAAUGGCUUGAGAUAUGGACACUCCACCAAGAAUUCUGAUCCGUUCCGUUUUUGAUGAUGAUUGGUGGUGUAUAUAGUUUAUGUACAUGAUAUAUGUAGAUAUAUUGACUGAAUAUAAUGUGGAGAUUGUAUUUCUUGAAGACUCAUCGCACUUAUUUUACAUAAGAAAAUUUACACUAUUUUUAUUGUGUGUUUAUAAUAUAUAGAUUGACAAUAUAAGCCAUAAAAGACAUUGAAAGUUAUGUUAGUGCAUGUUGAAUAGAAAAAUAGACUUGCUGUGUGUUCAUAUAAUAAUGUAAGGUUUCUAAUGAAUGUUUUUGCUUGCAUAUUUCAUAAUUGGAUGUUGUAUGCUCGUAUUUCUUACUUGGUGGAAAACAGUUCAAGUCAAGUAUAAAAAUCAUGGGGUAUUAUCCACAGUAAAAGUAUCAUAAAACUUAGGAAGAUAAAAGCCGACACUAUUCAUCAGGGAAGAAUUAUCAUAGAAAUGCUUUUGUAGUACCUGAAGAGCUAAGAAUAAACACAGAGAGUAUUUUGGAUUUUUGUCUCAAAAAGAGAUUAAAACAGAUUUAAAAACUUUUGCUGCUCAAACACUCUUUCCUGGUUCUACUGACGGGUGUCAAUCUGAAUGGCAUAAUUUAAUGUUUUUAGAACAGCAUAAUUACAUAAUCAUAGAUUAGUGUCAUCAUUCCAGAGCUCUUUUGAGUAGGUUUUUAUGAAAUUGAUUACAGCAGCUGAUGAUAUUGAAGCAGUAGCUGUAUACCGAGGUUGUUCUCAUAUUUUAUAUGUAUAUAAAUUUGUGAAGACUGCAUGGUUGCCAUUUU